AGCUGUUGACUUUAAGGGUUUCUGCCGUGCAGCCUGCGGAACACAGCCCGAGGAGAGACACGGACAGUAAGUUCAACGAGACGUGCACACAUGUGAGAGAGAAAAUGGUGACCAUCCAGUUUCAGCCCGUCAUUCUGUUGGUGCUAUUGGAGCUGGCUUUCGCCCAGUACGAACACCUAGGCUACCCGCCGGGCUUUCCUGACCCCGAGCAGGAGCAUUACACCGCCCCUCAGCUGACGCCGGACACGCCCAGGAUACAGCUGCGAUUGGCAGGAGAUAAGAGGAGACACAACGAGGGUCGGGUGGAGGUUUUCUACAACGCCGAAUGGGGCACUGUCUGUGACGACGACUUCACAAUCCACGCCGCUCAGGUGGUGUGCAGGGAGCUGGGCUACCUAGAGGCCGUCUCAUGGUCCCCAUCCUCAAAAUAUGGGAAAGGACAAGGACCCAUCUGGUUCGACAAUCUCCACUGCAAGGGCAAAGAAAAGACUUUGGCGCUGUGUCUUUCUAAUGGAAUCGGCAUUUCGGACUGCAAACACAGUGAAGACGUGGGCGUGGUGUGCAGCGACAAGAGAAUCCCGGGGUUUAAAUUUGUCAACACCCUGCCCAACCAUGUGGAGAAUAUCGAUAUUCAAGUGGAGGACGUGCGCAUACGAGCCAUCCUGUCAUCCUACCGUAAGCGGAUCCCUGUGACUGAGGGCUACGUGGAGGUCAAGGAUGACGGUAAAUGGAAGCAGAUCUGUAACACAGAGUGGACGCAGCAUAACAGCAGAAUCAUCUGUGGCAUGUUUGGCUUCCCCGGGGAGAGGAAGUACAAUGCCAGAGUUUACAAGAUGUUUGCUCGCCGGAGAAAGCCCACAUACUGGGACUAUGCUGUGAACUGCACUGGCAAUGAAGCCCAUUUGUCCAGCUGUAAACUGGGCCAGGUUACAUCCAUGAAGUCCAAUGAGACCUGUCCUGGAGGGUUGCCUGUGGUGGUGAGCUGUGUGCCUGGCAAAGACUUCGCCCCGACACCCAUGACGGGAUUUAGAAAGGCUUUCAGACAAGAGCAACCGCUGGUUCGUCUUCGUGGGGGGGCCAUCGUAGGCGAGGGUCGAGUGGAGGUGUUGAAAAAUGGAGAGUGGGGCACCAUAUGUGAUGACAACUGGAGCUUGCUAUCUGCCACCGUGGUGUGUCGAGAGCUGGGCUUUGGUACGGCCAUAGAGGCCCUGUCCGGAGGUCGCUUGGGACAAGGAAUGGGCCCGGUCCAUAUGAACGAGGUGGAGUGCUCUGGAUUUGAGAAGUCCAUCACAGAGUGUUUCUUCAACAAGGAGACUCUUGGUUGCAGCCAUGAGGAGGAUGCAGCCGUCAGAUGUAACGUUCCUGCUAUGGGCUUCCAGGAGUCGCUGCGUCUGAAAGGAGGUCGUAACCCCUACGAGGGCCGUGUGGAGGUGCUGGUGGAGAGGAACGGUUCUCUGGUAUGGGGGACGGUGUGCAGUGACAGCUGGGGAACCAUGGAGGCUAUGGUGGUCUGCAGGCAGCUGGGACUGGGCUUCGCCAGCAAUGCUUUCCAGGAGACUUGGUACUGGCCAGGAGAGGUGAGCGCUGACUCUGUGGUAAUGAGCGGCGUUCGCUGCUCUGGUACCGAGAUGUCUCUGUCCCACUGCCUGCAUCACGGGGCUCACCUCAGCUGCGCCAAAGGAGGCGGACGCAACGCCGCCGGAGUCUCCUGCUCGGAGACGGCUCCUGACCUGGUGUUGAACCCUCAGGCGGUGGAGCAGACCACCUACAUGGAGGACAGACCCAUGUUCAUGCUGCAGUGUGCAUAUGAGGAGAACUGUCUCUCCUCCACCUCCAGCCAGGCGCCGGCCAACACCUACCGGCGCCUGCUUCGCUUCUCCUCCCAGAUCCACAACAACGGCCAGUCGGACUUCCGGCCCAAAGCGGGCAGACAUUCCUGGGUGUGGCACGAAUGUCACAGGCAUUAUCACAGCAUGGAGGUGUUUACGCUCUAUGACCUCUUCACCCUCAAUGGAACCAAAGUGGCAGAAGGGCACAAAGCAAGUUUCUGCCUGGAGGACUCAGAGUGUGAUGAAGGUAUUGAAAAGAGGUAUGAGUGUGCUAACUUUGGAGAGCAGGGUAUCACUGUGGGCUGCUGGGAUACCUACCGGCACGACAUUGACUGCCAGUGGAUCGACAUAACUGAAAUCAAACCUGGAGACUACAUUUUCCAGAUAGCAAUUAAUCCAAACUAUGAGGUAGCGGAGUCAGACUACACCAAUAACAUCAUGAAAUGCAGAUGUCGAUAUGAUGGCCAUCGUGUGUGGAUGUACAGCUGCCAUAAUGGUGGCUCAUUGAGCACUGAAACUGAAGAGACGUUCCCAGGCCUCCUCAACAACCAGGUGACCCACAGGUAAAGACAAAGCAGUGCAGACGGACCAUCUGCAGCCCACCGACCACUACACAUCUCCAUCCGUAGUGGAUUCUAACCAGCCAGCCCUGCCCUGGUCAAACUCUUAUUUCAUGCUCUCCAUCACCCAAUGAGGUCAGCUGCUUUCUUCAACUCUACACUCUCCUGUACCUCCCAUCCCAAAGAAUAUUUUACCCCCUGCCUCACACAGAGGCAGCUUACGGACACGUUCCAACUCCCGAGUUAAGAUCAAGAAAAUGUCAACGUCCUGUGAAUUUUAAACUUGCUUGGAAGUUGCAGGCAUUUUUUUAUCAAAGUGCAGCAUUGGCAAAUGUCAUCAAGAAUGUGUGGUAUUUACAGCGCAGCACUUACCCAGAACCCUGCCAGGCAAUUCAAAGGAAUCAUUGUGGUCUUUCUUUGGAAAUAAAUGCAGUAUUCCUCCACUUUCCAAGAGUUUCAUAAAGUGACUUUUACACAGUUGAGUUUUUGUUACACAGGCGGACUGAGCAUUUAUUCUGGAUAUGAGUUAUUAAAGCUGAAAUGUCACAUCUUCAUCAAGGAGUUGAUGCAAAUCAAGCUGUGGCAUUAUCAGGUGCUCAAAAAGCCAACAGCCCACUGUAUCACAACAUACAAGGGCUAAUUAACUUAUUCAGUUGUUAAAAUAGUCCUCUAAGGCUGAAAUAUUACAUACUGAAUAGCCCCAACACCCACUUUAAAUAACUGGAGCAUAUAUUCUCGGAAAUUGCUCCGAUAAUUACAUGGACAAUUCUGUAGUCUGAAUAAGUCAGUCAACCUUUUUUUUCAAAGCAAAAUUGCACUGUGAUCCUUUUUGGGCAUCAAUUUAUAUGAGGGAGAGAGAGACUUCAGGGGCCGUCAUUUGGCAUUGGUAAAGAGACGCCUGUAGAUCAGUAGAGGGAACUCCGCUUUCCAGUAUGAACACUUGAAUAGCCCUUAUUUAAAACAUUAGGUCCAAAAAGGUGUAAAAUGUACUUAUAGUGGUCUAUAGAAAUCAAAUCAAACUAUAAAUCAAAUUGCCACUGACGCACCGUGGGUUUUGGAGUUGACGCAGAAAAAAAGAAAGUUAUGUCCAUUUCGGUAUGUUGAUUCUGUAAGGGUCUGUUCUGUGUCUACUCUGUCUCCUCGGUGUCUAUUGUGUCUUCUCUGUUUCGUUGAUCGUUUCAUCCCCUUCAACUGCCCUCGGCCUCUCCUGUCUCCUUGAUCGUUUCAUUCCCUGCACCUGUCCUCAGCCACUCUCGUCUCGUUACCGUCUCAUGUCGUACACCUGUUUUCCCUCCUAUAUAUUGUGCCACUCUUUCGCUUGUCUGUUGCUGGAUUGUUGUCUUUUUUCCGUCGUCCUGUGUGUGUCGUGCGUUUACCUGAUCCUGCCUGUUUCGACCCUGCCUGCCUGCCCUGAACCCCGAUUCGGACUUUGUUGUUUUUUGUGUGGAUACAUUUGCCCCAUUAAAGAGCGCCUUUUUGUUUAUCUACACAGACUCCUCGAUUCCUCUGCACAUGAGUUCCUGCACCUCGCUAUCUGUCACGCCGACGUCACAGGUAGCGAGGUGCAGGAGCUCAUGUGCAGAGGAAUCGAGGAGUCAUUGUAGAUAAACAAAAAGGCGCUCUUUAAUGAGGCAAACGUUUCCACACAAAAAACAACAAAGUCCAAAAAGGGGCAGGCAGAGAAUCGGGGUUCAGGGCAGGCAGGAUCAGGUAAACGCACGACACACAC